AUAUGUAGUGGGCUUUUGCAAUUGAAUAUUUACAUGGCUACCUCAACACAAUCACCCCUGGCCAGUUCUGUGGAGAAGACAAAUGGAGCCAAGCUCAGCAGGCUUCUAAUCGACGGCGGAACAACAGUUCUCAGGAGGAUUUUUGAUGGCUACUACCCUUCUGCUAAGUUGACUGCUGGACUCAAUGCCCAUUACUCGAAUUUGGACAAACUCCGUAGUAAACGAAUCCUUAGACCUAAACAGUGGGACAAACUGUUUCCACCUGGUGGAGUCGCUCCAGACUCCAACACUUUUGACAUCACUCUCCUGUAUCUUCUUCUGACCACAAUUUGUGGGCUGACCCCUCCUCUCACAGGAUGGCACAUGGAACCAUCCCCUAGUGAUACUUCUUAUGAGGCUAACCUUGCACGGGUAAAGUUCUAUCGCAAUGAAUUGUAUGGUCACGUCACAACCACUGGUGUAGAUACAUCAACGUUCUUUGCUCUGUUCACUGAAAUUAGUGGUGUUCUUGUAAGUCUUGGCCUUGAUAAAGCAGAAGUAGAGAGGUUAGAGGCAGAGAAAUGUGGGGAGCAAGAUCAUGUUAACUUGAUUAUUGAGUGGGUUGACAGUGAAGAGGAUAUGAAGUCACGGUUGAAAACCGUGCAUCAGUCUCAGACCAAAACGCAGCAGACCGUGGAAAAAGUUGCAGAUGGUAUCCUAGAAUUAAAAGAAACAGUCGAAAGUCUAAGAGACAGAGACAAUGGCAGGGAUGACGAAGUCCUUAGAAACCUCGUUGAUUCAGAUUUUAGUAACGACAUUGAGAAUUUAUUGGAACGAUUUCAAGUAGGCACCCGUGAAUGGGUCUUUGACAAAGUUCAAAACUGGCUGGAUGACAAAAGUUCUCAACAUCGGGUGAUGGUGAUCAGUGGAAAUGCCGGGAUGGGAAAAUCGAUCAUCGCAGCUGUAAUUUGCAAACGGAUGCAGGUGGCGGAUAGACUGUUAGGAAGCCACUUUUGUCAGUAUAAUCAUGUACGCCGCCGUAAGCCUCAGCUGAUGCUUCAGUCAUUGGCCGUUCACUUUUCUAACGCCCUACCGAAGUACAAGGAAGCUCUUUGUAACAAGCUAUCACGAAAUCUUGGCACAGAUCUCAACAACAUGGGUGUGGAGGAAUUGUUUACCUUGCUUUUUAAGGAAACUCUUAGUGCUGUAAGUGCUCCAGGAAGCAACAUGCUCAUGGUGAUAGAUGGCGUGGAUGAAAGCGAAUAUCACGGUCGAAAUGAGCUUCUUGAUGUGAUUGCAAAUCAGUUUUGCAAGCUUUCUGUUUGGGUUCGUUUCGUUGUCACAACACGUCCUUCCUUAAACAUUGUGGAAAAACUAAAAAAAUUGAAUCCGAUUGAGUUAAAAUCUGAAGACGAAAAAAAUUUAGAAGAUAUCAGGGUAUUUUUUCGAAAGAAGCUGCAGCAUGCGAUCAACCCAGAAAUUGCAGACGAGUUUGUGGAAAGACUAGUUUCGAAAUCAGAAGGACUCAUGCUUUAUGCUCACUUCCUCGUAUUGUCCCUGGUCGCUAAAAAUAGCUCAGUUCUCAACGAAGAAGACCUAGAUAGCAGCUUGCCAUCAGAAAUUUCGUCAUUCUAUUUUGACUACUUCAAACGAUUGGAAAACGAACUUAAAGAUAAACUUGACAUAGGAGAAGAACAUUUCCUGAAUUUGCUAUCUGCCAUAACUGCGUCAAGGGAGCCCCUACCAGUAGGGUUUGUCUCUAAAUUAUUGGUACCAGGUACUAAUUCAACGCUUGCAAAGCGUAAAGUACUUAGAGCGUUGGACAGUGUUUCUGCUCUUCUCCCCAUCCGUGGCGAUUGUCUUCACGUCGUUCACAAGUCCGUCAAGGACUGGUUAACGGAUGCCUCUUGUUAUGGGAGGCAUGAAUUUCUCAUGGACGAGAACGAAGGUCACCGUAUAUUAGCAGACCUCUGUACUAGAGAACUUGAUCUCUUGAAACAGAAAGGCGUAGAUAAAGUACAAUUUCGCGCCACUGAGAAGUAUGCACUUCAUCAUGGUGUGCGUCACAUGUUACACCCAGGAGUCAAGGGACGGUCACAUAACCUGGAGGAAUUGAUAAAGGCCUACACGAUAGAUUUAGAAACAGUGUAUGCCAGGACCUGUGUAAACAGCACAGCAGCCUCUGAAGAUCUUCUGUGGCUUAAAAAGCAGGGGGUGUCUUCAAAGUUAUCCAAAGAUAGCCAAAGUGUCUUGGAAACGCUGUUGUUUCUGUUAAGAAAACACCACCUAAUGUUGACACGUCAUCCUCGAAUGUUUCUUCAAACCAUACUGAGCGAAGGUGGAAAAGUAUUGUCUGUUGAGUCAGCGAAUCUUUUGCGGAACAAGUACCCUGAAAUUCCAUAUAUGGAGAAUGUUCACGAGGAGAUGCAACAGGGGGGUGUUGUAGCACGAUUUGAAUGUUCAUCUUUUGUGGAUUGUUUGGACGUCUCAAAGAAUUUGGAUUACAUGGUGUGCGAAUGUGCAAAUGGAAAGCUUCAGCUGUGGUCACUCGAUACUGGCAAGCUAAAAUGGACACGUCCAGUAGUAGUAAAAAAGAGACUCAAAGAGGACGAUGUCUCUAUCAAAUAUUCUAGAAGCUUGCCUUCCACAGAUGUCUCUUUGUUUUUUCGUUCAGUUGUUUUCCAUCCCACGAAACAAAUUGUUCUACCAGGGGUUCUAAGCCAGGCGUACACUGUGGAUGGAGAUUUGAAACCGCUGUUUCCCAAGAGUAACUGUAAAUUCUCAGUUUGUUCUGUCUCCGGAGACAAAACAAAGAUACUAACUAAUUGUCUUGAAGAUUCUAAAUGCCUUGUCCUGUGGAAUUUGGAAAAUGGCUCAGAGAUUGACUUCAUCCUUAGCGAUGAAGACAUUUUAUCUUUUGCAUGGUCUCCAGGUGGAAGGCUGGUUGCAAUGUCUCAUUCAUCGGGAUUAAUUUGUUUGAUUGAUGCGACGAAUGGCGUUAGAAAACUGGCUCAAAUAGAUACCCGACAUGUAUUUGGAAUGUUGAAAUUUUCACGUAAUCUCAAAUUUCUUUUUUGUUUGCAUUUGGCACAACCUGCUGUAGGAUACAACAACACUGAGCGACGAUUGUCUCUUAAGGUUUUUGAAGAGUCUCACGACACCUUUUCUUUGAAAGUUUCCUCUGAUGAUGACCUUCCUGAGUUUGAAACACAGGAAGAUUUUAACGAUAGUGGUUUCCUGUUUGGAGAUCCUUUUGGCUCAGCCCUCACUAAUGAGAGGAUGGUUUUUGCUCUUGAUGGACAACGUCAGUUACGAUGCUCUUGGUCAAAAAUAGAAAUGGUCGAUACCUCAAAAGUAAACAACAAUGGUCAAGGCAAAGCCACUGUAGCUACUGGGAUAGCACUCAGUUUGGAUGGCCGGACUGUGUACGUUUCAAGUUACACAACAGUGGCUGCUUGGGAAGUUUUUACUGGGGAGCCUAAACGUGAAAUAUUCGGCGUUGUUACCGAAGGAUGGAGGUCUCCUUUGUGUCCUGUGAGAGAAGGUGUUUUAGUUUCUUCGGGACGAAGCAGCGUUGACCUGUGGGAUAAUGAGCUGUCUGACCGUAUCGAUACGUGGACUAACCUGCCAGGAGACACACAAAUGAUUCCGAUGUCAGAAGAACGAGUAGCAUUCGUAAGGGAGUACGAAUUGAAAGUCCUUGAUACACGCAACAGAGAAUUCGUGUCAACAAAUCAAUUUUGCCACAGAAUAGUCGCAUGCAACAGUAAAUGUCAGCUGUUAACCAUCGGUGCCUCUGACUUACUUCAGUUGUUGGAUGGCAAUAACGUUCUUUGGAAAAGGGAUGGCAUUAUCCCGAUGUUUGAUCACAGAAGCGCAGUGUUCUCCCCAUUGGAUCAGUUUCUUGUCGUUAAGACCCAGUUUGCGCAAGCGUUAGUCUUGGAUGGCGAAACAGGACAGACGCUCCGACGUAAUUUACCUUCAUUUCAUGAAUGUAAGUUUGUAGGUCCCACGGAGUGUGUUUUUUCUGAUGUUGAUUUGCGUGUUCAACUUUAUAACAUCGAGACUGGUGAGCUCCUAAGUGUAAUUCAUGUGGGAAGUUUAGCGACCUGUUUGGCAGCCUCUGCCUCCAACCGUCUCUUCGCUAUCGGCCUGGAGAACUCCACACCUAAUUUCAAGGUCAUCAAGGUGCAUUUAGCGAGGGUGGAAGACGGUAGAAACAGGUAA